UCCAAACGCAAAGUUAUCACCAGAGACCCUCAAAGUCAUCACCGUAAAGUCCCCAACAAUCUUGUAUUUCUAUUCGUCGCCUCUUCCUGCAGAUCUCUUUAAACCUCUUCUCUCAGAUCUUCGACUCCAUUAAUGUUAUAAUAAACUCCGCUCGAGUACGACUACUUACAAUCAGAUUAUUAACUGAUCACAUCACAAUAUUAUGGAUUACCCAAUAAAACACUACUCUAUUAAUGGCUCCAAUCUUGCUCUCGUCUUUAUCUUCUUUGCCGGAGUUCUAUAUCUCUCCUUUUGGUCUUCCUCUCUCACAAAUUUCCCAAUAUUAUUUUCCUCGCAAAACAAAGACCUCCAAUUCCAACUACUUCCGAACUCGCCCGCCAUUGAAGAAGCUGAAGCAACCCCUCUCGCUCGGGACGAACUUGAAGCGGCUUUAUCGAAAGCUUCAAUGGAGAACAACAACAACAACAACAACAACAAGACGGUUAUCAUCGCCGUUAUAAAUAGGGCUUACGCAGACCAAGACAUAUAUAUGAAGGCCGACACCACAAUGCUUGAUAUCUUCCUGGAUAGCUUUUGGCUUGGGGAGAACACUAGGGCACUGCGUGAUCAUCUUCUGCUUGUGGCGGUUGAUCAGACGGCCUACGAUCGCUGCCGGUUCUUGAAGCUCAACUGCUACAGAUUGGAAACGGACGGCGUGGAUUUCAGGGGAGAGAAGCUCUACAUGUCUGCGGAUUUCGUCAAGAUGAUGUGGAGACGAACUUUGUUUCUGUUGGAGGUUCUUAAACGUGGUUACAGCUUCAUAUUCACGAUUAAUAAUUGGAGUGAUAGAGUUGGUGUGUGGGGAUGAUUAGUAUGCCAAACCUAGUUAGUAAUUCGCCAACCAUUCAGCACGUGGGAUUGUGGCCCCGGGGCUCUCGCAAAGACGUUGGGGCUCGCCACGGUGAUUCACAGCCAAAUC